GCGACCGAGCACCGUGGAGAGUAAUGCUGGAGAAGCUGGGAGUGAAGACACUGCGUAUCGCCUCACACAGCCAGCCAUUGCCAGCAUUGAGAGCCAGCCUCAGUCUUCUGAUUUUGUGCUGUAGGUGUUUUCCGCCAGGAUGAGGAAAGAUCCCACCAAGCCCAGGGGCAAGAUGUCGUCCUAUGCCUUUUUUGUGCAGACCUGCCGGGAGGAGCACAAGAAGAAGCAUCCCGACGCGUCGGUCAACUUCGCCGAGUUCUCCAAGAAGUGCUCUGAGAGAUGGAAGACCAUGUCUGCCAAGGAGAAGGGCAAGUUUGAGGACUUGGCCAAGCAGGACAAGGCACGCUACGAGCGGGAGAUGAUGAACUACACCCCUGCUGGCAGGGGUGGCAAGAAGAAGAAGUUCAAGGACCCCAAUGCCCCCAAGAGGCCCCCAUCAGCCUUCUUCAUCUUCUGCUCCGAGUUCCGCCCCAAGGUGAAGAGCGAGAGCCCCGGCCUGACCAUCGGGGAUGUGGCCAAGAAGCUGGGCGAGAUGUGGAACGGCACCGCCUCCGAGGACAAGCAGCCCUACGAGAAGAAGGCGGCCAAGCUGAAGGAAAAGUACGAGAAGGACGUGGCCGCGUACCGCGCCAAGGGCAAGGUGGGCGGCGGCGCUCCGGCCAAAGCGGCGGCUAAGGCGGAGAAGAAGGAUGACGAUGACGAUGAAGAUGAUGAUGAGGAUGACGACGAGGAAGAGGAGGAUGAUGACGAGGAUGACGACGAGUAGAGGUGUUGUUUGUAAAGCAUUUAAGCCCCUUGUACACACUUCACUUACUGAAAGAAAUCCAUUAGUACCAGAGGGGUGACAAAAAAAAAGAAAAAGGCUGUGUAUAUCAGUUGUUUUUAUGCUGUACAGUUUUUUUUUCUCCUUUUUGUAUAGUUAACACUACACACGUUUGGUGUCUGUGUCUUCUUUCUCCAGCGCUACUUCCUAUCCUGCCUGGGUCAGCCUAAAGGGGGCGGGGCUUACAGUAUUUAGCCUAGCUAGACGUGCACAGCACAUAAAAAAAAAUGUUUAGAUCUGAGUGUUUUCUUGUUUUUUUUUCUGUGUUUUUCAUUUUCAUGUUAUCACAAUUGACGUAUCACAGUUUUACUGAUCUUUAUGUACCACUGUAAUAGCAAAAGAAGAAAAAAAAGCCUUGUUUAUUGUUAAAAAUUAAAUUGCUUCUGAUGUCAAUAAACAUUUUUUUAAUAAA